UUAAUGUUUUCUAUACCUUUCUCAAUAUUUCUUAUGCACUCUGAGCUCUGUUGUAUCUAUUCUUAUCUCGUUUGUUGAGUAUUCUUCUUCAUAUAUUAUCAUGAUUUUCUCUGACCCAUUUUGACCUUCACAAUCUUUAAUUCUCUCUCUCUAAAUAGCACACGGUUGAAGUUGGGCGCUCAUUAAUGUCAAUUGCUGCCUGGACUUGACUGAGACAGCCCUUGUGUUCUCAUUUACAGCUAGUCUCUCUUAUCUCUUAAUUUGUCACCCAUAUUAAGGCCACUCUGCAAUUCUGCAAAUACCAUCUUUCCAACGCAUGCAACCAUCAAUUUUCGUACACAGUUCAAGAAACUUUGACAUUAAACAGCCAUGCACUCCUUCACAUGCCCUUGCUCUUCUUCGCUCAAGCCAAUCCUGUCACCACCGCCACCUUCACCAUUUACACUUACCACAAACAUUGACUUGUCUUUAAUGCCUCAAACACCAAACUAAAACUCUCCCAUUUAUUGCAUAUUAUAGCCCAAACCAUACUACUAUUUGAUUGUUUCCCUCUUACACAUACAUACAAAGCUCUCUUCUCUCUUCUGAACUUUUUUGCAUGUAUAGAAGGUUAAAGAUUUGAGCUUUACAAAGAAAUGGCAAAGUUAGUGGAAUAUUUGUCAGUUCUAUUUGUUCUUUGCAUGUGUUUUUCAACUGGGUUUGUCUUGUGCAAGGGCAACCUUGAUAGUAACUCAACUUUAGCAGUACUUUUGGAGGUAAAGACAUCAUUUGUGGAAGACCCAGAAAGUGUUUUGCAAGAUUGGUCUGAAAGCAACCCAAAUUUCUGUACGUGGAGAGGUAUUACUUGUGGGUUGGACUCGGUGGAUGGCUCGGUACAAGUGGUGAGUCUAAACCUAUCUGACUCGUCACUCACUGGGUCUAUAUCACCUUCACUUGGUCGUUUGCAAAACCUGCUCCACCUUGAUCUCUCUUCCAACAGCCUCACGGGUCCCAUUCCACCUAACCUCUCUAACCUUUCGUACUUGGAAUCUUUGUUUCUUUAUUCCAACCAACUCACUGGUUCAAUCCCAACUCAGCUCGGCUCACUCACGAGUCUCCAAGUCAUUCGAAUCGGUGACAAUGGACUCACUGGCCCAAUCCCCUCCUCAUUUGGCAAUCUUGUCAAUUUAGUCACUCUUGGCUUGGCCUCAUGCAGUCUCAGCGGUCCAAUACCUCGGGAACUCGGUCAACUCGGCCGAGUUGAGAAUUUGGUACUCCAACAAAACCAACUCGUUGGUCCGAUUCCAUCCGAGUUGGGAAACUGUUCCAGCCUCACAAUAUUCACCAUUGCUCUCAACACUCUCAAUGGAUCAAUCCCAAAGGAAUUGGGUCGCCUCCAGAAUCUCCAAACUCUUAACUUGGCCAACAAUUCUCUCUCGGGUGAGAUACCGAGUGAACUCGGUGAACUGAGUCAACUCACUUACCUCAAUUUCAUGGGGAACCAACUUGAGGGUCCAAUCCCAAAGUCAAUAUCUCAACUGGGUAAUCUUCAAACUCUUGAUUUAUCACUGAACAAACUCAGUGGAGGCAUUCCAGAAGAACUGGGCAACAUGGGUCAGCUUGCGUACUUGGUUUUGUCAAAUAACAACCUUUCUAGUGUCAUACCAAGUAACAUAUGUUCCAACACAACAAGUUUGGAGCUUUUAAUGUUAUCUGAGACUCAAAUUUUUGGUGAAAUCCCUGUAGAGCUGAGCCAGUGUCAUUCACUAAAACAGCUUGACUUGUCCAACAAUUCUCUCAAUGGGUCAAUACCUAUUGAACUAUAUGGGCUUCUUGAGCUGACAGAUCUCUUGCUCAACAACAAUAGCUUGGUGGGUUCAAUUUCUCCAUUCAUUGGAAACCUCAGUAAUUUGCAGACACUUGCACUUUAUCAUAACAACUUGCAGGGAAGUCUUCCUAAGGAGAUUGGUAUGCUUGGGCAGCUUGAAAUUCUGUACCUUUAUGAUAAUCAGUUAUCUGGGGAGAUACCUUGGGAGAUUGGCAAUUGUUCAAGCUUGCAGAUGAUUGAUUUUUUUGGAAACCAUUUCAGUGGGGAAAUUCCAAUCACUAUUGGAAGGCUAAAGCAGCUGAAUUUUCUUCAUAUAAGGCAGAAUGAACUUGUGGGUGAAAUUCCCGCCACAUUGGGCAACUGUCACCAACUAACUAUUUUGGACUUGGCAGACAACAAUCUCUCUGGUGUCAUUCCUGUCACUUUCGGAUUCUUGCAAGCUCUGGAGCAGCUCAUGCUUUACAACAAUUCUCUUGAAGGUAAUCUUCCUGAUACAUUGAUUCAUGUAGCAAACCUGACCAGAAUAAAUCUGUCCAAAAACAGAUUGAAUGGUAGCAUUGCAGCAUUGUGUAGCUCGAGUUCUUUUCUUUCUUUUGAUGUAACAAAUAAUUCAUUUGACCAUGAGAUUCCUCCCCAGCUAGGGAAUUCAGCUUUUCUUGAGAGGCUAAGAUUAGGGAGCAACCAAUUUACUGGGAAAAUCCCUUGGACUUUGGGUAGAAUCCAUGAAUUAUCAUUAUUAGACCUUUCUGGCAAUUCACUCACUGGAACAAUGCCAGCUGAGCUUUCAUUGUGUAAAAAAUUGGCCCAUAUUGAUCUGAACAAUAACCUUCUUUCUGGACCAAUACCUUCAUGGCUUGGAAGUUUGCCACAGUUGGGAGAGCUUAAGCUUUAUUCCAAUUCAUUUGGUGGGCCUCUUCCACCUGAACUAUUCAAUUGUUCCAAACUUCUAGUGCUUUCUCUGAAUGACAAUUUACUCAAUGGAACUCUCCCUUCUGAAAUUGGUAACUUGUCAUCUCUUAAUGUCCUCAACCUCAACAAAAACCAGUUUUCUGGUCCAAUCCCUUCCACAAUUGGUGAGCUAGGCAACCUGUAUGAGCUUCGGCUCUCACAGAACAGCUUUGAUGGUGAAAUUCCUAUUGAGCUUGCUCAGCUCCAAAAUCUUCAAAUCAUUCUUGACCUCAGUUACAACAAUCUCACUGGUGAAAUCCCACCUUCAAUUGCAACACUGACCAAACUCGAAGCACUUGAUCUUUCUCACAAUCAACUUGUUGGAGAAGUCCCUCCCAGAGUUGGGGAGAUGAUCAGCUUGGGAAAGCUCAAUCUCUCUUAUAACAAUCUUCAAGGCAAAUUGGACAAGCAAUUCUCACACUGGCCAGCCGAGGUAUUUGAAGGAAAUCUACGUCUUUGUGGCAGCCCUCUUGGUCACUGCAAUGCUCUAUCCAACAAACACCAGACAGGCUUGAGUGAAGUAGCAGUGGUGCUCAUUUCUGGAAUAUCUACUCUAAUAGCAAUUGGUUUACUGCUACUUGGGGUAAAACUCUUUUUGAAACACAGAAGAGAAUUCAAAAAAGCCAGUGAGGUGAACUGUGCAUACUCAUCCAGCUCUUCCCAAGCACAGAGAAGACUUAUCUUCCAAAAUGGUGCUAUAAAGAGAGAUUUUAAAUGGGAAGACAUUAUGGAAGCCACAAACCAUCUCAGUGAAGAGUUCAUGAUUGGCUCAGGAGGUUCUGGAAAGAUUUACAAAGCUGAAUUUCCCUCAGGAGAAAUAGUGGCAGUCAAGAAGAUCUUGUGGAAAGAUGAUCUUCUACUAAAUAAGAGCUUCACAAGAGAGGUUAAAACGCUUGGGAGGAUAAGGCACAGGCAUCUAGUGAAGUUGAUGGGUUAUUGUAGCAACAAAGGAGCAGGUUUGAAUCUGUUGAUAUAUGACUACAUGGAAAAUGGAAGUGUAUGGGAUUGGCUGCAUGGACAACCUGUUAGUAGCAAGAAGAAAAAGAGCCUUGAUUGGGAGGCAAGAUUAAGGAUUGCAGUGGGAUUAGCCCAAGGAGUGGAGUACCUCCACCAUGACUGUGUACCGACAAUUGUCCACAGGGACAUUAAGUCGAGCAAUCUGUUGCUAGAUUCCAAUAUGGAAGCUCAUUUGGGAGAUUUUGGCCUAGCCAAAGCACUCGUCGAGGAUUAUGAUUCCAACACAGAAUCGAAUACAUGGUUUGCAGGGUCUUAUGGUUACAUAGCACCAGAGUAUGCAUAUACAUUGAAGGCAACAGAAAAGAGUGAUGUAUACAGCAUGGGCAUUGUGCUAAUGGAGCUUGUUACUGGAAAAAUGCCAACUGAUGCGCCUUUUGGUGUGGAUUUGGACAUGGUGAGAUGGGUUGAGACACACAUUGAGAUGCAAGAUUCUGCCCGGGAGGAGUUGAUUGACUCGGCAUUGCAACCAAUCUUACCAGGUGAAGAAUGUGCAGCCUUCCAAGUGCUGGAAAUAGCACUUCAGUGCACAAAAACCACCCCACAAGAAAGGCCAUCUUCCCGGCAAGCAUGCGAUCAACUUAUACAUGUAUUUAACAAUAGGAUGGUGGACUUUGGGAAGACGAAUAUAGAUCCAUAUACAUAAGUAAUCUUGUUUAAGAGAUUGAAAUCCAGCGACAGUAUAAAAUCGCAGCCUAUUGGAACAACUUUUCAUUAUGUAGAUUUUGAGGCAACUACUUUGUCCCAGUGCAGUCUUUUAUGAACAAAAUUGACUACUAGGCACUAGCAUUAGUUGAACAUGCAGAGAAAUGUAAGUCCUUUCCUUGUGAGCAGUUUUUAGUUUUUACAAGUACAUUUCUUCCGUGAAGUAUCAAUAUAUCACUCCAAAGUCCAAACAUAAAUGCAUCGAGUUAUCUCUUUCAGAAGUACAUUGCACGAAUUCAUGUUUUAUUUGAACAUAAUUUUGUAAUUCCAUAAAACGUAAUUUACUCUCACCUUGGCCCA